UUGACACUUUAUACAAUUUAUACAUAUUCAGGAAACUGGAGUUUGAUUUUCGCCGACUCGCUUUUUACUGUGUGCGGUUACGGCAUCGCUCGUCUGAGUGGAAGUCACCAUGUCAUGAUACAUUCGAGUGACAUCGAAGGACCACACGGAGUCGCUAAAGGAUUUCAUAGGAACUAUGCCCUGUUGCCACCCAACUUCAUGUCGUAUGCUCAAACUAGCUUUGAUCCCAGCGCUUUUAUGGACCGCGUACGAUCCGCUGUUGACUGGCUGGGUUCAACUGUGGCGACAAAUGCUUUAUCACCGGUACUACCUAACUUUUCAUUCCUCGAGUUCAACAGAGUCAGCUCAUAUUCAUUUACAGACAUGCCUGAAUCGUUAUAUUAUCCUGCUCCGAGAACAAAUGACUACUUCUCGUACGGCUCCUACUGCUCACAGAAGAAAACCCUACCACAAGUAGUGAAAGAGUUUGUUUCUAAUCCAUCUUCCCGUGGAACAAUCGUGGUUGCAUUUGGAACACUGGUGCCGUGGAAUUUGAGCCCACCCGAUAAGCUCGAUGCCGUUUUGCGGUACGUUAUCCUUUUCCUGUGGAAAGCUUUCAAUAAUCUCUCUGAUUAUCGCAUAAUAUGGUCCUAUAAAGGCCGGUCUAUUGAAGUUGGUCGUCACGGCUACGCUGAAAUCCUCAAUAAAUUUCUGGUGACACGCGAAUAUUUGGAGGAGAAAAUCCGUGGAAUUUUGAACAAUUCUGAUUACAAGGAAAAAGGAAAAGCCUAA